AUGAAUUUACUAGCCAUUAUUUUGACAAGACAUGUAGAUGAUAUUAUUUUCCUUUGUUCCGCCACCGAUUUGAAUGCAUAUUCUUUUAUCAAAAAGAAGGCCUUUAAAGAAGCCGCUUUCUUUGUAGCGAGGACGGUUCCGUCAAGGAUCGAAUACAACACCAAGGAAAUCAUUACACAUGAAAGCAACACGGUCUUUGCAUUCAAAUUCUCGGAUAAUAUCUGCCCCCUUGUAAUAGCCACAGAUGAUUACCCAGAGAGAGUGGCCUUUUACAUGAUUAACGAAAUUUACAUGGACUUUAUUCGCACCAUUCCGAAAGAUGUGUGGUCGGAGGUAAAGCAGGACAAUAAAAUUGAUUUCAAUUUGAAUUCAUAUCUGUCCAAGUAUAAGGACCCACUGACAUGUGAUGCCAUAGCCCACACAAACAUGAAAAUUAGCGAGAACAUUGAAAAAGUGAGAACAACUAUGGACGCACUCAUCAGGAACAGGGAAAAUUUGGAUGUCCUCGUCGACAAGAGCAAGGAUCUUUCGACUACGACGAAGCAGUUAUUUAAGCAAAGCAAGAAACUGAAAAGGAAACAGUGUUGCAGGAUUAUGUGA